AUGGCCACGGCCGUGCCCGCCGCCUCCCUCCGUGCGCCGUCGUCCUCUCCCGCGGCCGCCGCGCGCCGCCUUGGGGCCGGAGCCCCGUCGCUGCGCAAGCGGCAUUGCGCCGUCGCGCCCGUCGCCGCCGCCUGCGGCCCCGCGCCGCCGCGGCAGCUCGACAACGAGGCGGCGGCUAGCUCCGGACGGCGGCGGGUGCUUGUGGCCGGUGCCGCCGCGUUCCUCUCCCGGCCUAAUCCGGCGGCAUUCGCAGCAGAGGCUAAGAAAGGGUUCCUGCCUGUCGUCGACAAGAAGGCUGGUUACUCCUUCCUCUACCCGUUCGGAUGGGAGGAAGUGGCUGUGCAAGGGCAAGACAAGGUGUACAAAGAUGUGAUAGAGCCUCUGGAGAGUGUGAGCGUGAACUCUAUUCCCACUAGCAAGGAGGAUAUUCGUGAUCUUGGUCCUCCGGAUAAGGUUGCCGAGGCUUUGAUAAAAAAAGUUUUGGCGCCACCAACACAAAAGACAAAGUUAAUUGAGGCGAAAGAGAAUGAUGUUGAUGGGAGAGCUUACUACACUUUUGAGUUCACAGCUCAGGCUCCAAACUACACCAGACAUGCACUUGGUGCUAUUGUAAUUGCAAAUGAAGUGGAGCAUUCUACUCAAGGAGAAGGAAAGAGGCUGGAUUUUGAAGACAGUGGAAAAGCUAUCAAGACAUUUGGUGCUAAACGCCCAAGACUAAUUGUGUAG